UGUACCCCGAAUUCAAACCCGACCCGACUAACUGCAUAACAGACUCGGGGGUAGUCGAACCCGCCAAAACAAUGGCGGGAGUGUGCUGCUCUCUGAGACUACAGAUUCCUCUGCUCUCACACCCCACGACAAACCAUGGAAUCCGGUGCUGCGCAAAAGCACCCGAUAACAAUCCCAAGAGAGAAGAAACUCCCCAGAUAUUGAAACUCGCAGUGACCGGAGUCACCGAGUUCCUCAGGCUUCUAUCUCCGUUCAACACAACAACAACAACCAGAUUGAAUAAAGCGACUGAUAAACAAAGGGAUGAGUUUUCGAAUGUGGGAAUAGAUGAUGUUUUGAUGAUUCUCGAAGCGGAUUACAAGAAUGCGUAUUUUGUGACAGGCAUUUUCACCUCCGCAAUCUAUGCUGAAGAUUGUAUCUUUGAAGAUCCAACUAUUAGGUUUCAAGGUACGGAGUUGUAUGCUCGCAACUUGAAAUUGCUUGUUCCUUUCUUUGACUCUCCAUCAAUUGGAUUGGAAAAGAUUGAGAAGGGUAUUGAUUCUGAAGCGAACUUUGUUCUAGCAACAUGGAAACUAAGGACCUACCUGAAGCUCCCAUGGAGGCCUUUGAUUUCUGUUGAUGGAAGUACAGUCUAUGACUUGGAUGAUAAGUUUAAAAUUGUAAGGCAUGCUGAGAGUUGGAAUGUUUCUGCAAUUGAGGCAGUUGGCCAGAUAUUCAGACCUUCUGGAAGGUCCGAUGACUGAAUGUGUUAAGUCUUAGAAAUCAGAACGAGCUUCAGGUAUUGCCAUUACUUUUCUUCAUUCUCAAUGGGCCAUACACCAAUAUUAUAUGACAUCCUACAUCUCAGCAAAAUGUAACAGUCCGCUACUCCGAGGAUACAAGUUUCUGAUCUAUCUAGUGUGGCUGUGCAGAUUUUGAGGCAGAUUUUUGAGGCAAGCUCUCUUGGGUUCAAUGCUGCUGGGCACAUUCCCAGCACAUCCCUAUUUCAUAGCCUAAAAAUAUGUUUUCUUCUUUUGGUGAAUGGCUUUGGUCCUGUUGAUCAAGAUAUAGUACAUGUACGACUAACCUAGCCUUGUAAACUUUUUGUGUAUACUAAUCUGAUCUGCACAACCUACAAGGGUUAGUUCUUAUAUCUAAUUUGAGUUCUUACU